UGUGGAGAGCUUCGAUGACUCGGGGCACUUCAAUAGACUCCGGAAGCCUACUAGUUCAUGCACAUUCUUAGCAAUCCUCUCCUCCACAUUCUUUCGUAGCCAAAUGACAUUCCACCGAGUAUACGUGCCUAUAUAUAUAUCCUUUCUGGCCAAUUAUUCCACAUACGACCAUAGGAUCUUGAAUUCAGCGCUUCCCGUUCGCUCAGCGGUACUUAAGCAGGAUACCGGCGGAUUAGUAGUUAGGUGGGUGACCACUAGCGAAUCCCCGCUGUUGUAUGUUUUUUUUGCCCUUCUUUUUGUUCAAGCCCCUAGCCGUGGUCGAUAUCUUUCCAGCGAGUCUUUGCGGAAUACCGUAAACUCGGCCUGAAGCGUGCAAGUAAUCAAAGGACUGCCGGUUCCAUAGUUAAGGCUGGUGAUGAACAUGCUAGACCUUAAAUCUAACAUUUCCCCUCCUAUUUGCUCAUCUGCCCCGGGAACU